AUGCCGCCCGAACAGACCGAGCGGUUUCCGAUCCGCCCCGAUCCGCGGCAGCCGAGCCUGUUCCAGAUCAGAUCCGAGCGGUGCCGAACCGAACGUAUCGAGCGGAGGCCCGAGCGAUGCCGAGCGUUCCGAGGGGCGCCCGAGCGUUCCGAGGGGCCCCUAGCGGUUUCCGAGCGGGCCGCGGUGGCCCCCCCGGCCCGCGGGUGCCGCGCCGUGCCCGCCCGGUGCCGCUCGUUGCCGGCCCGGCCCGUCGCGGUCCCGGCGCGGGGGCCCUGGGCCGCCCGCCAGCCCCUUUCUCAUAAACCACAUGCUGCCGGCGGCGCUAUAAAGGGGAGCGCGGCCGCGGCGGCGGCUCAGCCCGGGCCCCGCUCGGCCCCGCCGCUGCCGCCGCCCCUCCUCGCCCUCUCCGCCUGGCCCCGGCCCCACGGCAGCCCCCCCAUGCCCCGCCUCGGGCCAAGGUGUCCCUGCUCCGCUGCAACCCUCCUGUCGUCUCUCCUCCUCCUGCUGGUCUGCAGCAUCCAUGAGACAGAGCAGAACAGCUACUGCCAGCAGAUCAUCACCGAGAGGCACCUGGCCGAGCUGCAGGAGCUGAUGCAGCACCCGGGCAUGGGUCUCCUUCAGUUCAUCGACAAGAUGCAGUUGGCAGCCCAGGAAGGACCAAUCCUGCUCGGCCCAGGUGGCUUCCAUGUCCCGUUUGGGCAUCCUGUGGGAUCGAGCAAGGUUUCCCUCAGAAAUGACUCCAUCUGCUAUGUGAAAGCUGCCUUUCUGCUGGGCAAGAUUUUGGAGCGAAACGAGUUCAAGGAGAACUCUUCCAAUGCCAGGAAGAUGCAGACGGUGCGCAGGAUGUACCACAGCAUCGACGAGAACGUCGACCCCUGCAUCAGGGAGGAGGAUGAUGAGGAGAGGAUGCUGUCCCAGAUGUGCUUCAAGGAGUUCACCACCUCCCCCUAUGAGAUGCUGGUGCUGGUGAAGGAUUUCUUCCAGGACAUCAACCAGCUACUGCAGAACCAGGAGACCUUCGAGAAGGAUUGCAGCCACGUCUACCACAGGGCCUGCCCGGGCCCAGGGGGGCUGAAUCCCCACCCAGGUGUGGGGACAGAUCCUGACUGCAAUUGCCUGUCCCCUGCCCUCCCUCCUGCCACCCAGCCCUCCCUCUCCGCUGCCAACCCGUUCGGGCAGACGGGACCCCCCGUGGCAGCCAGCUCCCCCCCAGCCCCCUCCGUCACCCUCGCUGACUUAGAGGCCCCAUCCCAGGCCCCCGUGUAUGGCGGGGGCUCGGGCACCGAGGAGCUCCCGGGUGCCGCCAUAUGUGACACGGCGUCGUUGCCACCCGCCGGGAUGCCGCAGAUCCCGCAGGAUCCCGCCGACAGCGCCGAAGCCCCGCCGGACGCAGCCGGGAUGCUGAGCCUUGCGGCGGAGGAGGACGAGAGCCCCGGGGAUGGAGAGCUGGGGGCAGCCAGCCCAGCCGCGGGGAGCCCCCCGCGCAUCCCCGGACCAGCCCGGAUCCGCCCGGCCCCGCCGGCCGAGCCCGUCACGCAUCUCCGCUUCUCCAGAGAUGGCCCCGGGCUGCGGGGGGGCCCCGGGAGCGGGCCGAGGGCGCGGUGCUGGGGGCUCAGCAGGAUGAGGGGCCCCGAGGACGGCGCGGGAGGGCCGCCCAGCUUUGACUCGGGGUUUGUUCCGGGGCACAGAGCAGCGCAGGAAGGAGCCGCCCGGCCGGAGGGCCUCCAGGAGCCCCUGGUGUUCGUCGUGGUGCCCGGCGUGGUGGCCGGGCUGCUGGCAGUGGGGUGGCUGCUCUUCUACAAGUAUAAAGUCCUGGAGCAGCCACUGGAAGACGGAGACUGCGACCCGGAGCCAGAGAGGAGGGCACUGCAGGGAGUGAGGGAAUGUCCAGAGCUGGAGACUCAGGACCUCUGAGGGCCCCAAGGCGGGAUGUGAAGCUGGUGGGGGACGGAUCCGGGUGGAAGGAUCUCGACGCUCCCUCUGCCCUCGGCCAGAGACUGCAACCCCUCCCUGGCAGGGACAAAGGGAUGGGGGGCUGUGGCCCCCAGUGGGACCCCCAGCACCGGAAGCGAGGUCGGAGGCGUUGGACUGUCACGGGAUGGUGGCAGUGGCUGAGGUGACACCGUGGUGCUGAGCGAGAUGCUGAGAUUGCUGGAUUUGGAAUGGUGGAUCCUGCUCGGACAUGGCUGAAGAUGGAGAGUCCAGCUCCUGAAAUCCUCUGGCUCUUCUGGUUUUGGAGCAGCACCCGUUGCCUCCCUCCACCCUACCUUUCCCGAGGCUUCAGCUGGAGCAUCCUGGAUGCUGUGGGGGGCGCCCCCAGCCCUGAUUUGCAACUCAAACCCUCACACUGUGAAUAUUAAAGCCCCCCCGUGCCCGUGUGGGACAGGUUAGGGGGGUGACCCUUGACACCGUCCCCAUUCCCAUCCUCCUGCCGCUCCGUGUCCGAGCUGCCUCGGCCUCGCCCUCCUUAGGGGCUGUUUUUAAUAGAGCUGAUGAGAGUCUUUAUCCUGCACAAGUAUUUUGGAGGGGCCCCUUUGCCCCUCACAGGGUCCUUGCCACGAGCUGGACUCGCUGGGAUCCCGUUCCUGCGCUUUGGAGAAGGGAAUGGGGCUGGGAGGAUGGGAUCCACGUGGACCUGGGAGAUGGAGCAGCCCCAGCCUCGCCUCUGGGGGCUUUUAGGCUCAGCUGGAUUUGGGAAGAUGCACCAGCUCUGGAGACCCCCUAAAAUCCAUGGCUCCGUCUGGCCCUGGGUGAAGCAUGGCCUGAGCUGCUCUGGGGCUUUGAAGUGUUAUUUUUCUAGGAAGGAUGAAAAUAUGGACAAACCACACUGCUUUUAAGGAAAGCAUCGCUAUUAAUUUGGGGUUUUUAUAUAUAUGUGUAUUUAUGACUGUCAGAGAGAGGGGGAUCCUGUGUGAGGGACUGGUGUAAAGCAGGAGGAAAGCCCUAAUGCAGCAGGAAGGCUGGGGCCAAACUCCUGCUGUGGUGUAAGUUUACACCAUGGAGGAGCUGAUCCUGGGGGGGGAAAACUUGCCUUUACCCCUGUUGGAUUGAAUUUGCCUUUUUUUUUGUUUGUUUGGGUUUUUUGUUGGUUUGUGGUUUUUUUUGUUGUUUGUUUUUUUUUUUUUAUACAAUGAAAUGUUGAAAUAUUUUAUACAAAGGCAUUUAAAAAUCUAUUUAAAGAAAAUAAUGGAAAACAACUUGUAUAUUUAAUAUUAUUAAUAAACAGAGAGGUG